AUGACAAAAUCUCUUCAACCUCUCCUCUUCUAUUGGUAUUUUCAGUGUUUUUUUUCAUUCAUUCAUUCCUUUUAUCCGUCUCUCUCUCUUUUCGUCACUCGUGGUAUUAUGCAGUUUCAAGCGCAGAUGAGUAAGCGUACACAGAGAUGCCGCAAAACAUAUCACUUUCAGUCUAACGCCACGUAUCGCGAGCGGCAAAAAAGAGUGGCACUCCACAUCUGCACUUCCCCUACAUGCACCCCGAUACGCAACUAA